AUGCGGGUUCGAAUUCUUGGUGAGUUUUGAUUUAUCAGUUCGGAAGUGUAAAAACUUUGAAUUAUUCUGUUCUAAUGAUAUUUCUAAAUUUUCAUGACCUUGAUUUCUUUCCACCCACUAAUAUCAUCAAGAUUUUGCAAGAAGUUGACUCAUUUUUUCGAAUUACAAUUCCGUAACCAUCAUCGUUCCGAAAAAUAUCAAAUCAUUAUUCCCAUAAUUAUUUUUUUCAAGUUCUCUCCAAUUUUAGAUUUUUUUCAAAUAUAAAAUCCCAUUUUGUAUAGUAUAGUUCACACACAUUAUCCCAAAAAAAUCUUUGUUAGAAUAAGGAAAGAAAAACAGCUUCAUCUUCGAGUCAACUCAUAAAAAUUUGUGGUUAUUUCAAUACAUCCAUUAGCUCUUGGUGGGCUCUUUUUCCUAUUUUUUUACUCCAUUUAUUCAUCCUUUCAAAAUGGGCACAUCUAAAUUUGGCGUUUACCACGCACAAUAUGGUUGGUUUUUUUGUUUUAUCAGUAUUCUGAAUAGCAAUUAUUGAUUUCUCGAGAAGCAUCUAUUCAAAAUUCAUCAAAAUUUUUCUAAAAUUAAUUAGAGUCUGAGAAAGUUCAUAUUUCAAAACUGUUGGGCCCAAUUUUUAACCUAUUUUCAGGCAUGGAUAUGUCAUUGUGUAUGAUUUUAACAAUCUCUGCUGUAAUUUGCACACUUCUUGGCUGUGCUCUUCUUCUUUGCUGCAUCCGCGUCUCAACCGAACGCGAAGAUCGUCGUCGUCAAAAUCUUGCGUGCUCUGUUGAAAAUGAGAGCAAUGCGAGCUCAACAACUCCGAUGUUACGUGCAAGAACUGGGAACCGCGAUGAUGGCGACGAAGUCUAA